AUGGCCCAAGCUUGCUUACGAGAUCGAUCAUGCGUGACUGAUUUUUCUGGUCCAGCCAAUACAAUCGUUCCUUACAAUCAGAAUAUCGCAAAAACACAAGACUUUACACCAGAAACGGAACCAGACUCUCCCAAAGAUUCUCCAAUUUCUUCAAUUUCUUACCAGGAUUUUUUUCGAAAACUUUUAACCCUCAAAAUGGGAGACCAACUUGAUUGCGCGUUGGAUCUUAUGAGAAGACUGUCUCCUCAAAAAAUGGAGGACAAUCUCUCUAAACUCGUUAAUCUUGUGCCGAAUCUCCAAGAUGAUAUACUUAAUGCUGUCGAUCAGCCUUUGAAAGUCAAACAAUGCAAGAAAACAGGUCGAGAUUACUUGGUAUCAGAAUAUAAUAGGGAUGGAGAUUCGACUCGAUCUCCGUGGUCAAAUGAAUAUGAUCCACCUUAUCCAGACGGUGUUGUAACUUCAGGCAAAGUGAGACUCUUAGAAGAAGCUGCCAAUGAAGCAUUUAACACUUACCGCGAAAUGUAUUAUGAGGGUGGAUAUUCAUCUGUAUAUUUGUGGCAAAAAGGAAAUGAUGGGUUUGCGGGUGCUGUGCUUUUCAAAAAAGUCGAUGAAGGGGGUGAUAAACGAAAAACCAAGGGAGCUUGGGACUCGGUUCAUGUAUUUAGUGCGGGAGAGAGAGGUCGCAAUGCACAUUAUAAACUGACAUCGACUGUAAUGUUAUAUACAAUCACCACGAAACCUGAGCUUGGUGAUAUGAACUUGUCUGGAAAUAUGACGCGUGAGUUUGAUGUUGACUAUCCAUUUGAAGAUCAACAAGCUCAUAUUGCCAAUAUUGGGCGUAUAAUAGAAGAUAUGGAGUUAAAGAUGCGAAAUUUGCUUCAAGAAGUAUAUUUCAAUAAAACAAAGGAUAUUGUCAAUGAUUUGCGUUCUAUCGAUUCUCUUAUUGAAGCUAACAAGCAAGCGGAGGCUCGGAGGGAACUUGUGGAAAAAAUUUUUGAAGCUAACAGAGAAGCAGGGAAGGAAGAGAACCGAUUUGUGGAAAAAAUGCUAAAUAUAUCCUCAUGA